CUGCGGCAUUAGCUGUCCCCUCUCAACACAGGGCUUUCAGCCACAGAUCUGCUUCGAAGAUGGCCCAACUGAGGGUACAGGCUGGCAACAUCCAGAAUGACUUCAUCUAUCUUUCACAUAACAGGAAGGUUCCCAAAAAGAUGUCUUCUAUCAUGGAGAUGAAGGAAAUCUUCCUCAAUGCCGAUGCCAUUUGCUUCGAUGUGGACAGCACAGUCAUUAAAGAAGAAGGCAUCGAUGAACUGGCAAAAUUCUGUGGUGUUGGAGAUGCGGUGGCAGAAAUGACUCGCAGAGCAAUGGGAGGUUCAGUAACGUUCAAGGCAGCUUUAACUGCGCGACUAGGCCUCAUACGACCUUCCUACGAACAAGUGCAGAAAUUAAUAUCAGAGCAUCCACCCCAGCUAACGCCAGGAAUAAGAGAACUCGUCAACCGGCUCCACCAGCGUGGUGUCCAAGUUUUCUUAAUUUCUGGAGGGUUUCAGAGCAUUGUCGAACAUGUCGCCUCACAAUUAAACAUUCCAAUAGCAAAUGUCUACGCCAACAGAUUGAAAUUCUACUUUAAUGGAGAAUACGCCGGUUUUGAUGAGGCGCAGCCAACAGCUGAGUCAGGUGGUAAAGGACAAGUCAUCAGUUACUUGAAAGAACAGUUUCAAUUUAAGAAAGUAGUUAUGAUUGGUGAUGGAGCAACAGACAUGGAAGCCUGCCCUCCAGCAGACUGUUUCAUCGGCUUUGGGGGCAACGUUGUACGGAAACAAGUAAAAGAAAAGGCAAAGUGGUACAUCACUCAUUUUGACGAGUUGCUGAAAGAACUGGAAGAACGAUAAAUUAUUAACUAGACUUAUUUUAUUAAUACUUAUUGUAGGUAGAUAUAUAAUUAUGCAAUUAAACAUAUUGUUAUUUGCAAAUGG